AUCUCAUUUGCUGUUUGUGAGUUGCUUGGUAGUAGCUGCUGUGACCUCUGUGAACAAUUGUCUAAGGUGUUACAACUCAGUCUGUUAGAGGUACUUGGUCUGGACAGGGGACACAGCUUCAGGCAGUAUGAGGACUUUUAAGAAUAUGUUUGUCAAUCUCAUUCAAGUUCGACAUAUGAUGUCAAAACCAAAAUUUCUUAUUGAAGAAUCUUCAUAUUCAUUCCUACAAGAGCUAGGUUUACAGAAAAUAAACCCAGGAGUUUACAAUGGAAAGUGGACUGCUAGUGGAGAGGUCGUAACUUCAGUUUGUCCAGCAAAUGGGAGACCUAUAGCUGAAGUUCAGCAAGGAAACAUAAAGGACUACAAUGAGUGUGUACUUGAAGCUGCGAAUGCCUGGCAAAUAUGGGCUGAUUUACCAGCACCCAAACGUGGAGAAAUUGUACGGCAGAUGGGAGAUGCUCUAAGAGAAAAGCUGAUACCGCUAGGAAAAUUAGUAUCACUUGAAAUGGGGAAGAUACUGCCAGAAGCAAUUGGUGAAGUACAAGAAUAUAUAGAUAUAUGUGAUUAUGCCGUUGGUCUGUCACGUAUGUUUGCUGGGAAACUCUUUCCAUCUGAGCGUGAGGGACAUCUUCUGAUUGAAAAAUGGAAUCCAUGGGGUGUUGUUGGAGUAAUUAGUGCAUUCAACUCUCCUGUAGCAGUAUAUGGUUGGAACAGUGCUAUUGCCAUGGUAUGUGGAAAUGCUUUGUUGUGGAAGGGGGCUCCAACAACCCCUCUUGUAUCUGUUGCUACUAGCAAGAUCUUAGCAUCAGUAUUAGAAAGAAAUAAUCUUCCUGGUGCCAUUUGUUCUUUGUGCACUGGUGGAACUGACAUUGGACAAGCUAUUGCAAAAGAUACUAGGCUGCCACUGGUAGCAUUUACUGGCAGCACAAAUGCUGGCCAUAAGGUUGCAUUGCAAGUGCAAGAAAGGUUUGGUAAAUUUAUACUAGAACUUGGAGGAAACAACGCUAUUAUUGUAGAUGCAGAUGCUGAUCUUGAAAUGGCUGUCCGCUCUGUGUUAUUUGCAUGUGUAGGCACUGCUGGACAGCGCUGUACGACCACCAGGAGACUGAUUCUCCAUGAGAAGAUCUAUGAACAAGUAUUGCAACGACUGAAAGAAGCCUAUGCUCAGAUUAUUAAAAAGAUGGGAGACCCUCUGCAGGAAGGUGUUUUGUAUGGACCAGUACACAGCUCCCAGACUGUAAUUGCAUUCCAGAAUACUAUUAAAGAAGCACUGGCUGCUGGAGGUACAGUUGAAUUUGGUGGAAAUGUUGUGGAUAGACCAGGAUUUUUUGUUGAACCAACAAUUAUAACGGGACUGCCACAUGAUGCCAGUGUAGUGCAAAAGGAAACAUUUGCACCAAUUGUCUAUGUCCUGAAAACGGCAAAUGUUGAUGAGGCAAUAAAAUGGAAUAAUGAAGUUAAGCAAGGUUUAUCAUCCAGCAUUUUCACAUCAAGCCUGGAAACUGUUUUUUCAAAGUGGCUUGGGCCAAAAGGCUCUGACUGUGGGGUCGUGAAUGUGAACAUCCCAACAAAUGGAGCUGAAAUUGGAGGAGCAUUUGGUGGGGAAAAGCACACUGGUGGUGGCCGUGAAUCUGGUUCUGAUUCCUGGAAACAAUACAUGAGGCGUGCUACUGUGACUAUUAAUCACAGCAAGCAGUUGCCUCUUGCUCAGGGCAUUAAGUUUGAUCUGUGAAAUCUAAUAAGUGUAAAAUGCAGUAUAAUGUUCUACAAUAACUCUACAGAUCUCUGAUAAUAUUAAAUAAAACCUUUAAUCAAACAGAAAUGGAUAUAAAUGACCUCCAUUGACAGAUGUUUGAAAAUUUUGUAUUAUGAAUCACAUCCAGAACCCAUGACUAGCCUCUUAUAAAAUGAAAACAGGUUUGUCUUGAUAUGAUAACUGUUGUUUUAUUGAAGGAAAUAUUUCAUUUGAUAAGUACUUUUUUAUAGGUACAAGGUGGGCAAAAUAAAACCAUUCUGGAAAAUAAUUCAUGCACCUUAAGAUAUACAAUAAUGCUCAUAUCAUCAACAAUUGGGCUGGACAAUGUAAUAUAGGUUGUGUUUGUUAAGGUGCAUGAAAUAGUUUUCUGGGUGAGUUUUAUUUUUUCUAACCUUACUUUGAAAUUGAAACCAGAAAACAUUUUAUAUUAUGUACACUACAGUAGACUGAUAACAGGCAACUUUGUUAAAUUGGGAAGAGUUACUAUGGAACACAUUCAGAAAAUAAAGUUUAAGUGAUUGUCUAAAUUAAAA